UUUCUCAGCCUCACACUUUAUAUUUAAACACAGAGCACUGACAUGGAUUAGAGCCGUCUCGGAACAACGAUGGCCGUGCGUGGUUUUGGGAUAUUUUUUGGCCUUGUAGUUUUUUGGGGGACUUUUGAAGGCCUGGUGGAAUGUAACGAGGAAUCGAUUCUGAUCAGAGACUUGUUCAAAGGCUACAACAAGAACAUUCGUCCAACGGUGAAUCCUGAAAACAAAGUGGAGGUUCAGAUCAAGUUGACGCUCACGAACCUCAUCUCCCUGAAUGAAAAGGAGGAGACUCUUACAACCAACGUAUGGAUCGAGAUUCAAUGGUUGGAUUAUCGCCUUGUCUGGAACCCAGCUGAGUAUUACGGCAUUGAAGUCCUCCGUGUCCCAUACAAUACAGUCUGGCUUCCUGACAUAGUCCUGGAGAAUAAUAUUGAUGGAAAGUUCGAUGUCGCUUACUAUGCUAAUGUGUUGAUCAGCAACACUGGUUCGAUGUACUGGCUGCCUCCUGCCAUCUACCGUAGCACCUGUGCCAUUGAGAUCACCUAUUUCCCCUUUGAUUAUCAAAAUUGCACACUGGUAUUCAGAUCCCAGACAUACAGUGCCAAUGAGUUGGACCUGAUAUUGCCGAUGGAAAAAAGCCAAACUUUUGAGUGGGUGCAUAUUGACCCCGCAGCUUUCACAGAGAAUGGUGAGUGGACCAUUGUCCAUAGACCGGCCAGGAAGAUGAUCAACAAGCAGUAUACUCCAGACGACCUGGAGUAUCAGGAAAUCACGUUCAAUCUGAUCAUCCAAAGGAAGCCCCUUUUUUACAUCAUCAACAUCAUCUUGCCAUGCUCCCUCAUCUCGUCACUGGUUGUACUGGCCUACUUCCUACCUGCACAAGCUGGAGGACAAAAGUUGACUGUGGCCAUCUCUGUCUUGCUGGCUCAGACUGUCUUCCUCUUCCUUAUUGCUCAGAAGGUGCCUGAGACUUCCCUUUCUGUCCCUCUGAUCGGCAAGUAUCUGAUCUUUGUCAUGUGUGUCACCACUCUCAUUGCUACCAAUCAAAUCGUGGUGCUGAACUUCUCGCUGCGCAGCCCGAACACUCACAUCAUGUCCCACAGCGUUAAGCAUCUCUUUUUGGAAAUGGUGCCUCGCUUCCUGGGCAUGUCCCCACUGGUGGAUGACAGUGAUGUGACGGCUGAGGUGAACGGUGUGAGGGAGCGGCGGCGCAGCUCAUUCGGCCUCAUGCAGAGAGCAGAGGAAUACGUGCUGAAACAGCCGCGCAGCGAAAUGCUGUUUGACAAGCAGAGAGAGAGACAUGGACUCAAUCAAUCGAUUGUAAAUAAUAUAGACGUCAGCAGCACAGCCAACCUGUAUAAAAGUUUGGCCCAGGCUGCACCUGAGAUCAAGCAAUGUGUGGAUGCCUGCAACUUUAUCGCCGAGAGCAAAAGGCAACAAAAUGACUUUGGAUCUGAAAUUGAAAGCUGGGUUCUGAUUGGAAAGAUGAUUGAUAAAGUGUGUUUCUGGGCUGCGAUCCUCCUCUUCAUCAUCGGCACGGUGGGAGUCUUCCUAACGGGACACUUCAACCGAGCACCAGAAUUUCCAUUUCAAGGAGACAGCAAAAAAUAUGUCCCGAUUAAUGUGGAUUAAAAAUAAAUUAUAAAAUAAAUGUUCUUGGGAGGAUUUCAAACUCAAUGGUUUGUUUAAUUAAUACAUUUUAA